AGGUGAGGCCGCUGUGACUAGAUGGCGCAGAUGGGCGGAGGCGAGUCGCCGACUUGCCGCUCAGAGAAUGCAAAGAGCAGCACUAAUGCUGCCACAUCCUGUCUGCGCUGCGCCGCCACAUGCCUGCUUCUUAGCCAUCAUUCCGUGACGCGAUCUUGGCGGGAAAAUGCCCCUCCCUAAGGACGAGAGAAACUGACCUUCCCCUCUUGACCAGUGAAACCCUUGUGCCUCUUAGUGAUAGGCUGCUUUUCGUAAAGAAAAGUUCUCAAAGCAGUUUACCCAGAAAGAGGGGUGCUUCUUUUCCCCCAAAGGGCUCACCAUCUAAAAAGGAAAAAGACCCAGAAAGAGCCACCACCAGAGAGACACUGUGCUGGUGGUGUUUACCCUGUGCUAAAUAUAAGAGAUCCACCAUGUUAACUAGGUGCCUUUUUGCCCAGUAAGCAGGGGGCAACUUUUCCUCGCUUUCUGACCGGCUACUCGAUUCUUUGCAUAUGAAAGCAAAUACUACUGAAGUCCAUGGAACCAAGUAGAAGUUGGCAUUCUAGCUUCAUUUCCUAGCUUAGUAGAGGGAUAAACUGCCCAGAGACGUAAGUUCUGGGCGGUAUAAAGUAUGUUAAAAUUAACAAAUACAAGCGGGGUAUGUGGGUUUUCCGUUUCUGACUGAAGCUGUUCCUGCAGAUCCCCCCCUCCCCCACAUCUAGCCAUUAUUAACAUCUCCAGGGCUGCUUUCCAUAGUAACCGGAAGACUGAUACUCAUUCCUGCAGGCUCCAGAAUAACCCUAGGGGGCUGGCUGGCAACCCUACAUAGGGCUGCAGUCUCAUUCCUUGGCUGCCUGACAGCACCCACCACCGGUGUGUGGGGAGCCUGCCUUGCUACAGCAAACUGCGUGCAAGGAGGAAGGAAUGGAGAUGAUUACUGAAGACCAGCACAUUAGGAGGUGUUCUUGGAAUAAUACCACUGAAAAAAGUGAUUUUGAAGCAGUAGAAGCUCUUAUGUCCAUGAGUUGCAGUUGGAAGUCAGACUUCAAGAAGUAUGUUGAACUGAGACCGAUCACACCAGCAUCGGAUAUAUGUGAAGAAUUUGAGGACAAUCUGCUACCUGCUGCUGACCUUCACACAAUUUCAGCCUUUUGCUUGACUCCACCCUACAGUCCUUCUGACCUUGAAAUGUCUCAAGCAAUCCAUCCAGCAACACCAGCACCAUCUACUGUACAGAGCAAGUCAUUUACUGUCACUUCUGGGCAAGGCUCCCCAGCAGCUCUUAAAGAAACAGAAAAGGUUCCAGCAUCAAGAAUGCCGAAAGCUCAAGCCACAAGUGUCAUUCGCCACACAGCGGAUGCUCAGCUUUGCAAUCACAGAACUUGUCCAGCAAGAACAGCCAGUGUUUUGAGGUAUCAGGAACAUGAGGUGAAGGAGACGGGUCAGCAAGAAAGUGCAAUGGCAAAACAAAACCUAUUGUGCAAUGAUGUGUCGCUGACUACUGCAGUUUCUGAAAACAACAAGCAGUCGGGUGUACAAGAACAGAGCUAUUCGGCAGUGACUAUUAGUCCAGUGCCUUUCACACAGACUGUAUUUAGUAACCCUUUGCCUGUUCCUAGAUCAGCACAGCAGUCUUCACUGGUGGUUCCUCCCUCUCCUGUGCAAGCAGCAGGAGUCCCUUCUGUGCCACUAGUUUGCCAGAUGGUUCCACUACCCACGAAUAACUCUGUUGUGACAGCUGUUGUACCCAACACUCCCUGUAGUCCGCUUCCAUCAAACUUCUGUCAGCCUAUGGUGUUCAUGGGAGCCCAAGUCCCCAAAGGAGCUGUCAUGUUUGUUGUGCCUCAGACGGUUCAGAAUCCAAAGGCUCCAGUGAUGAGUCCCAAUGGCACCAGACUCUCACCAAUUGCUCCUGCGCCCGGAUUUGUUCCUGCUGCAACAAAGAUCACUCCAGCUGUUGACUCACUAAGAAUAAGAAGCCAUGUCUGUAACUAUCCAGGGUGUGGAAAAACAUAUUUCAAAAGUUCCCACUUGAAGGCCCAUGUGAGGACACACACAGGAGAGAAGCCAUUCAGCUGUAGUUGGAAAGGUUGUGAGAGGAGAUUUGCACGUUCUGAUGAACUGUCUCGCCAUCGCAGAACGCACACGGGUGAGAAGAAAUUUGCCUGCCCUGUGUGCAAUCGACGGUUCAUGAGGAGUGACCACUUAACAAAACAUGCACGUCGCCAUUUGUCAGCCAAGAAGUUACCAAACUGGCAGAUGGAAGUGAGCAAACUAAACGAUAUUGUUGUACCACUUACAUCUGCACCUGCACAGUGAAUAAUACUGUUUGAAGUCUGAAGAUACUGUUAACUAACACUUGUCACUGGGUUGGAAUGACAACUGUGAUGAGAAACAAGUCUGUGGUUCUAUUGUCAGCUUUUGAUAGAGCUAGAACAGACAGAGGCAAUGGCCAUCUGUACUCCUCAGAGCAUCAGUGACAUACGGAACAGCCGGUUUCUUUUGUACUUGGGAGAAGGAGAAACUGAAAAAUCAGUAGCAGUGCAAGAACAGGGCUUUAAACAUGGAAAACUGUUCCUGUGCACUAUAUGUCAGGUAUAAGCCAGAGAAAUACAAAGAUGUUAAAAAUCUCUUCAGAGGUGUUGUAAACACCACACAAAAAGAAAUACAAGUUUAUAGUACAGAGUCGAGGGAUAGCCUUCAGUUACACCAGAGUACCUUUUAAGCAAGAGGUAAUAUUUGAUUUAUUCUUUUUGAAACCCAAUGGUGAAUGAUAGCAGGACUCUAGUUAUCAGAACCCUUUUGAGACUAGGCCUGUUUAUCUCCAUCCUUUAGCACAAGGGUAGGCAAUGUUGCCUUUCCAGCUAUUGUUGAACAACAACUCCCAUCAUCUCUAGCCACAAUUUAUUGUGGCUGGGGAUGAUGGGAGUUGUAGUUCAACAAGAGCUGGAGAGCCAAAGUUGCCUAUCCCUGACUUAGCACAUCAAAUAUAGCUAAUUAUAGCAAUUCUGAACAAUUGUUAAGCAUAGAUUUAAGUGAGACAUGUCAUAUGGUUGGAGAGGUUUAAAAUAUCCUGUUGAUCCAUUUAAUUGCUUUAACAUGUAAGUCUAAUAGUAUUUUUCCUAUUCCUUUUGAAAACAUCAUGAUUAGUACUAUUAGCUGUACAGCAGCAUCUUUUGAUGUUUCUGCUUUUAAGUUGCUUCUGGUUUCAUUUGUGUCUUUUAAAAUUCUAUAUCCUUGAAAUUUCAUCUUUGAUACAAUGCACUUUAUUUAAAAUAUAAUCUUAAGAGCAAAUGAGGAGGGUUUUUUGUUCAGAAGAAAGGAUGAGUAGUGUGCUAUGCUACUUUCUGAAAAUGUUACUCUGGAAGAUAGCUUAUAAUAGAAAUAUAAGUGGCCUUUAUAUGUUGAAGGUAUAUAGUUUAAGCUGUAUUAAGAUCAGAAAACGAUGGGUUAUGUGAGAAACAAAGGGAAUUGAAACGUUUGCCCUAAAUGUGUACACCAUGAUUAUUAAACCAUCUUUUCCCUGUGUUCCUGUUCCAUCUUCUACCAUGCUGGAGAGUGGUGUAAUAAAUAUUUUGUGACUACUUUACAAUUUUGCACAAUAUUUCUUAUAUAUUGUACUUUAUAUCUUGUUUACAAUAAAGAUAGUUUUCUUUAA